AUGGUUGAAUUUCAGUUUGUCGGUGACAUCAAUGACUUAAGUGUAGAGCAAAAGGAUUUUAUUACCAAUGUGUUAAAAAAGCGAGGUUUCGAAAACGGUAAAAUUCAAGUGCAACCAGUAGGCAAAGCAGGUGACAACUAUGCAGCCAACGUGAAAAGAAUCACAAUAGAAAGUAAUGGCGAAACCUUCAAAAUCAUUGCUAAAGUGGCUUCAAAGCAGGAUAUGAUGCGUGCUAUGGGAAAUACUACCUUCAUAUACCAAAACGAGCAUGUCAUGUACACCGAAGUGCUACCUACGUUUACUGAAUUAGAAAACGCUGCAAAAGUUCCUGGAAACGAAAGAUUUAGAUAUGCAGCUUGCUAUGGGACCUACUUGGAAGCACCAAAUGAAAUUAUUCUUCUUGAAGACUUGGGUGUACUUGGAUUCCAGAUUCUCGACAGGUUCACCUCAUUGACAGAUGAAAACGUCAGAUUGGUUCUUAAAAAUUUCGCUAGUUUACAUUCCCUAUCAUACGUUUUGAAGAAUAAGGAACCUGAAAAAUUUGAAACAUUCAAAAAUAAGCUUGUUGAUUUCUCGUUACUAAUGGCUAGCAUUCCUGAAUCCGCUAAUUUCUUCAGUCAGAUAUACGAAGAUGUACAAAAAUUGUUACGUGGUGAUAAAUACAAGAAGGCUGUUAAAAAUGUAAUAACUCAAAUGAUUACAUAUGCUACAAAAUUGGCUAAAAUAGAGCAUGACUCGAAAUUCUCCGUAAUUCAACAAGGAGAUGCUUGGACUAAUAACAUUAUGUUCAGACUUGAAAAUGAUAAAACUGUGGAGUGUUGUAUGAUCGACUACCAAGCCUCGAAAGUAAGUAGUCCCGUCGCCGACCUACAUUACAUGAUCUUCCUGUGCACUGAUUACGCAACGAGAAAGAAGCAUUACGAUGACUGGAUCAAUUAUUAUCACUCGCAAUUAGACAAAAAUUUGUCCAACUACGGACUUAAAGCUAACUACGUGUACCCUAGAGAUAAACUAGAUGCAGACUUAAGAAGAUUUGCCAAGGCGUCUAUUGGUCAAAUUAUCUUUGUGACCAUGGUUAUAAUCAGAGAGUCAGCAAAUGCCGCUAAAUUGCAGGAUGCGAUGAAAAAAGUAGACUCUAACACAUCUAUGCAUAAAAUGGCCGAUCAUAUUAAAUUGUCAGGAGUAGAUCCGGAAACUAUAAAGAAAUUUCAAUCUAAAAUUGAAGGAGUUAUUGAUAGCUUUAUUGAGCUUGGAUAUCUUUAGCUACAAUAACCGAAUAUUGCACAAUGUCUACAAAAAACAUGUAGAAUAAUUUUUAUAUUGUACAGUGUUCCGCAUCUAUGUAUCUACACUGAGAUAUUGAACAUCGAUGGUUUUUAACAUUUUUUAUCAUAAAUAGAAACUAACACAAAAUACUAUAGCUAUUUAUAAAUGUGUGGUAAGGGUUCUGUGCUCAGUAUAUGCUGAGCAGACUUGGUUUGCAUAGCACUGAUGUUCAGCCAGAACCUCCCAGCAGGAGCUAUGAUCGCACAGUUGUGUACCAGAACAUUUCAUCAAAUAAAUUAUCACAGACUAUAAAUUAAGAUACUAUAACUAACGAUUUGAAACAUAAUGUGACAGCUCAGGUUAAAAGAGAUAUUAUUUCAUAUAUAGAGCUUCUAUUUUCUCAAUGUCCCUCGAUAAACGUCGUGUUUCGGUUUCAUCGGGUUUUGUUCAGAUUUGCUUUGCUUUUGACAUAGACCGGACGCUUUCAGUCGACUUAGAAAUAGGCAGAGUUGCUAUUACAUUUUUUAUUUACCCUGUAAAACAUUGUAGAAAACGCUAUAAAGUAUUGAUUGAUUGAUAUUUAUUAUACAAACGGAGGAAAGCCGCUAAAGUCACAAAAACAGCAAAUAAUUUACAGCGUGUACUUGUGUUUUUUACAAGCCGGUACGUUCAAGAAACGAUAGCUAUUUUCAAGAAGUCCAAAAACGUGUUUUUGUGGCUUCUGGAAAUUUGAACCACUGUUUGAACAGUACAUGGACAAUUUUAUAAGAAAUACCUGUUCGGGCAGCGCAGAAAGUGAUUAUUUCAUUGAUGGUGAACAUACUAACAUAAUGUGUAUUUGUACUAGAUGACUAAGGUUACUUUUGUUAUGUUUAUAUUAUAAUAAAUAAAAAAUAAAUAAAUAAACACUAUUAUGUACGUCGUUUCGAAAUUCCACGACCUCAAAAACUCGUAAAUUUCCAUACAAAAC